AAAAAAACACACAAGGAGGGGGGGAAAAUAUAAGAGUAGAACACGGGAAACGGGAGGGAAAAGAGGGGAGGGCAGGGAUAUCAUAUUGUGCAUUUCUCGCGCUCAGUCUGCCAUCCCGGUUGCGGGGCUUAUAUCUCGGUGCGUCUUGGAGAAAAAGACAGAGACAGGAGGGGGUGGACGAGCUAGAAGAGGGCGGAAUGCCCCUUUACAAGCGUCGCAUCUGACUAAAACAGCGGAGCGGUUCAUAAAUUGGAAAUUGGUCAGAGAAGAAGACGCCAAGGUGCUGUUGGAGAGCAUCGACGGUGUCUCUUCAGAUCUGACAGCGACCUCCAACCCACGCUGACGUGUUGGACAGACCACAGAUGUGUUCCACUUUUUUCCUGUUCAACCUAGAUGACUGAAAGCUCAGCUCAACUGGCAGUGAAGAAAAACACUUAUCUGCAGGCUGCUGUUUGUGGUCUUUGAAACAUUAAGAAAAUAACAAGCUAAAGGUUAUGCGUGCACUGCAGGCACAGCUCUGAAUUUCUCAGCCAAAUCUGUUUAUAAAGACAAUUUCACAUGUAGAGUGUCUCCGCUCUAGCUUGCAAAUUCAACAUGGACCACAUCCUCUACAGUCGAGUUCACUAAAGGGAAAGAGAGAGGGGUGGGUGUCGCUCAGUCACACAUGGGAGCAUCAGUCUGGUCCUUGUGAUCCAGACCAAGACACCCUGAAGAGCCCCUCCUUUUCCUCCUUUAUCUGCACUGCCCCCCCUGAGCUCCCUGGGCCUCCUGUUCCUCAGCUCACACCUCGUAGAGGGUGGACAGGCAAGAAACUCUGCUUAACCGAGCGCCGUCCGAUAGGUGAGGGCGGUGAGGGCGGUGAGGGCUGCGCUGUUAUUUGUUGACUUCCGGUGAGAGUGCGAUGCGGAUUGGAGGAUGUCGGGGGACUGGGAUGAAGACCUGUGUAAGAAGGCGCUGGUGUUGGUGGAGGAGCUGUGCUUCCACUCCUCGAGGGGCUACAGCCAGAGUGAACGCUGCCAGGAGUUCAGCUACUUGUUAAGAGGACGCAACAGACAGCUGGACACAGAGAUCUCUGUUAGUCUGCUGUCGGUCAUCGUGACAUUCUGUGGCAUCGUCCUCCUCUCUGUCUCCCUCUUCGUCUCCUGGAAGCUCUGCUGGCUGCCAUGGCGGGAUAAGGAGGGCGGAGGCCUGAGCCUGACGUCAGGGCUGCUGCCCGGAAGCGCUGGAGUCGGAGGCCUCGGCGGCGCCGGCGGUGGGUCGCUCCUGCCCCCGCUGCUGCAGAGGAAGGAUGGCCACUCGUCAUCCUCGCUCUACCCUUCGCUGGGCCAGCAGGGCCAGCACCACCCACAUUUCUCUGACCUGGUGGGGCUCGAGAGAGGGGAGGUGGGAGGUGUGGUUGGGGGGCCACAAGAGACCCAGGAGCACUCGUACCUGGACAUGGACUCGUACCCCAACAAUGCAGGAACUCUGAAGCUGAGUACGACGUCGCCAGAUGUUCCAAACACAGAGGGGGGAGCCCAUCCUCAUAAAGACCUGCCCAACGCUCAUUCUCAGCAGCAGGUCACCCCACGGCCCAAGCCCAUGACUCACCAGCUCUCCAGCCCUGACUUCCACGAGGAGAAGGAGCAGGUUACCAGCAUUGGGCAGAUCAAACCGGAGCUCUACAGGCCAAAGGGCGACCAGGGUGAAGGCAAACAGGGCGACAACUGCGGCAAGAUCAGCUUCCUCCUGCGCUACGCCUUCAAUACGGAGCAGCUGGUGGUGAAGAUCUUAAAAGCUCUGGACCUGCCAGCGAAGGAUGCCAACGGCUUCUCCGACCCGUAUGUGAAGAUCUACCUACUGCCAGACAGGAAGAAGAAAUUCCAGACCAAGGUUCACAGAAAGACCUUAAAUCCUGUGUUCAACGAGACGUUUCAGUUCGGCGUGCCGCUGAAUGAGCUACAUUCCAGGAAGCUGCAUUUCUCUGUGUACGACUUCGACCGCUUCUCCAGACACGACCUGAUCGGCCAGGUCGUGGUGGACAACCUGCUGGACUUCAGCGAGGGCAGCGGGGACAAACCCGUGUGGAGGGAUAUCGUGGAGGGCACAGCGGAGAAGGCUGAUUUGGGGGAGCUUAAUUUCUCGCUGUGUUACCUGCCCACUGCUGGCAGGCUCACUGCGACAGUCAUCAAGGCCACCAACCUCAAAGCCAUGGACCUCACCGGCUUCUCAGACCCGUACGUGAAGGCGUCUCUGAUCUGUGACGGGCGGAGGCUAAAAAAGAGGAAGACAUCCAUUAAGAAGAAUACGCUGAACCCCACAUACAACGAGGCGCUGGUGUUUGACAUUCCAAAUGAAAACAUAGAAAGUGUCUCCAUUAUCAUCGCAGUGAUGGACUAUGACUGUAUCGGUCAUAAUGAGGUCAUAGGGAUGUGUCGUGUGGGCAGCGAGGCUGAAGGUCCAGGGAGGGAGCACUGGGCAGCAAUGCUGGCCAAUCCACGCAAACCAAUAGAGCACUGGCAUCAGCUCGUGGAGGAGAAAGCAAUUGGUACAUUCGUGUCAAAGACUGCCACAGCAUCCUCCCCUAAGCCUCAUAUCGUCGUGGACAGUCCUCACUCUGAUUAAGGCUGUCAUUAUCAUCUCCAGCUCCAGAUGUCCCCUUCCUCCCUCUCAUCUGUGAAUAAUUCUCUCCAUCAAAGACAGAGAGACAUGGAGACACUGCUAGUGUCCGACUGCUAGCGCUGUUUUGCUCCCGCUGAUGAAUCCUCAGAGUCCUGUGCUGUCUUUAAUGGAGGAAAGAAAAAAAUAAACGACAUCCAUCACAUGCUACACCUUGAGCAUCAGACUACACAUUAACAAAACACAUGCACACGCCAAAUGGUAAAGUAGGACUGAUAUCAGGUGUAAAUGUGGGAUCAAACAAGGGACACACACACACACACACACACACACACACACACAUACACAUAAACACAGGGAUACACACAAAGUUUGUAGUAUGUGCGUAGUUCAUGUGUGCUUCAGAUUAGUGUAGUAUUUCAUCUAGGAGGAGUGUGAUGUAACAAACUGUUCUCUCUCUAUUGAAAACAAAACAAAAAAAGAAAAGAGAAAGCCAUCCCAGAAUGGUCAUUCCAACCAGGACCAAAGGUUCAUGCCCUUGUACAGACUAUAAAAGAAGAAAAUCACUAUGUCGAUAUUUUUCUUUGCAACAUUGGUGUACAGUAUGUGCCGUACUGUAUGGGAAGACAUCUCAUGUAGUACUCAGCAGGACAAAACAUCCGAGGUGGAUUCUUUUUUGGCCAUUUUGGAUGCCUCCUGCGGGCUCCGUACCCUCUUUGUUUAGGACUGAACUUGCUUCUUUUUUUUUUCCCCCCCAGAGGAAAGACGAUAAAGCGUCUUUAUUGAUGUCAGAGGAGCUAAAAAAAAAAAAAAAAAUGAGGACGGACUCAUUGGUUUAAGCAUGUUACGCAUCCUUGAAAUGUGUCCCUCUUCCUGAUGCUUUUCGUCACUGUCCUCAUGGUGCUCAUCAGUAUCAACUUUCUGUUUUGAGGUUAUCUUUGAGUUUCCAACAUUAUACAUUUAAUCAUGGAGAAAGAAGUUUAUAAUUGCCAAUAAUGGUCAUCUACCGAGCUUUUGAGAGGGGUGGCUGAGUUGAUCGUUGUUAAACCUGCAGACUUUUCCUUAAACAGGACUACACAGGUCGAAUAAAACCUGCGUUAAGGAUCGGACCAGCAUCUGUUGGGAUUGCACUUGCUGGAGGAUGUAUUCUACAGGGAAGGACACCUACACUCUAUUUUGAUUUUUUUUUCUAUCAUUCCAGAUCUUUCUUUUCUUUUUCUCUUUCUCAAAAAGUCACCAUCCUGCUUCAUCUGAGAAAAUGUCCACAUCAUGUCUCUGACAAGACUCAAGAAGGACACACACGUCUGUGUUGCUUUUAUCAGUGUGUGUUAUGUCCGUGUUUGUGGGCGUGUUUGUUUUGUAUUUGUGCGCGUCUGUGUGUAUGUCUGCGUGUAUGCCUGUGUGUGUGUGUCACUGAGACCUUGUAUGUGACACGUUACCAUCUCCCCUCUUGUCCUUUUUUUCCCCGUCUUUGCCUCCCACUCCCACCCCAUCCCCGAUUCCAGUCCCUGCAUCCUCAGACUGUAACGCUUGUCUCAGAGCCAAACGUGUCUUCUGUCCCGUGUAUUUACAAGGAGCCACUUUGUGUGUGUGUGUGUGUGUGUGUGUGUGUGUGUGUGUGUGUGUGUGUGUGUGUGUGUGUGUGUGUGUGUGUGUGUGUGUGUGUGUGUGUGUGUGUGUGUGUGUGUGUGUGUGUGUGUGUGUGUGUGCACUAUACGUGCCUCAUUGCACUAGGUGGGGAAACGCUGUCUUUCAUAGACAUUAGUUUGUACUGUCUAUGUCGUCUCUGAAAUCAGCUGCCAAUCAUCCAGCCCUCCUCCUCCUCCUCCUCCUCCUCUCUUACCCAUUGCCUGAUGUAAGUAACUGUGUUGAUCGUGUACUUCUUUCAGUAAUUUGUGUACUGUAUGUCCGAGGGAAAAACAGAUGGCACAGUGACUGAAAACCAAACUCUUGGGUGUGUUUUAAAUUCAAUUUCUAAGAAGGAACCCAAAAAAAAAAAUAUGGAGAAAAAAAACAAAACAAAAUUUGAAGCUCAUUUCUUAUCAGGACAAAUUUAGAUCCCCCUUAGAGCAAGACAGCAGGGAGGAGGUGUUGCGAGAAAAACAAGCGCCUGGAAUUUCUGCACUUCCUCUGUAAGCCGAUACAGAUUUAUAAAGCCAUGUCUGUCACCACUACUACGACUACCACUACUGUAACCUCAGCAAAACAGCAGAACAACACCUCACUACAUUUACUCGUAUUGCUAUUGUUGCCAUUUCUAUCUCCUCACACACACACACACACAUGCUUAUAUAAAGGUGUGUGUGUGUGUGUGUGUUUCAGGGAAGGGAUCUAGUUUCUGACUUUUCACCUUUGGAUCAUGAAAGUGCAUUUAGACUUUAAGGUGUGUUUGAUGGAGGAUAAAGCAGGUUAAACAUCCUGCAUUUUGUGAGCUUCAUAAGAUAAGGGGCAUAUUUACAGAGAGGCAAUUUUCCUCUGAUGUCCCGCUCAGGGUGGUUAGCUCACACACUGGUAUAAUCUCAAACCGAUGUGUUCCAUGUUGUAAGCCAUAAAUAUGCAGGCCAUCUGGACAGUGGGCUAUAUUUCAUAACUCCUAGCUACUGUUUCCAAACGGCUUAUGCUAGUACAACCAAAUUCGGGGUAAUAUUUGAAAGGAAGUGGUUGUAAAUUCAUAACUUAUAUUGGCUAACAUUAGUGUUGUUCCAAACAAAACAUUACAUAGUUCUUGGCUAUAACUACUUGGGUAACUGUCUGGCCAACAUUAUGUUAACAACACAUCAGGUAACAUUUCUUUAGCUAGCGGUUAACUCCUGAGUAAACAUUAUGUUAGCAUUUCAGUCGCUAGAAAUUCACUCCUUUCCUAAAGUUUUGUGUAAGCCUACAAACCAGUAAUAUUGGCUUUAAGCUAAUGUAAUCAAUCUACAUCCUCACACACAGAAGAACAACUCUAUAACAGUAUUUUAGCUUCUCACAGUGAGCACGAUGUCAGAGGAAAAUGGCCGCUAUGUGAAUAUGGUCAAUUGAGUGAAUUUAGUACGUAUAGUAUUGAUCCAUUGGUCUUGAGGCCUUGUAACUGUCUCUCUCUGCUUGUGUCUGCCUUAUUUAGCCCCCGUGUUACUGCCUGGUGAUGGAUUACAAAACUCAAAGUCGAAGCAGUACAUUUCCUUGUUCCUUUCCUCCCUCAGUCCUUUCCUUCUCUCUCUCUGUUACUGCCUGAUUACUCAUUCUCUCCUUCACCAACUCUUACCUUUCCUCCCCCCACCUAUACCCUGUCUCCCCCUCACCUAUCUGUUCCUCUCUCUUUUUCUCUCCCUGUUUCCUUUGCUAUCUCCCAUCGCUUCCUUCCAGUCCCCUCGCCCUCUUUCUGUCUGCGUAUGACGACCCCCUUUCCCCCGUCUCUAUUCUCUCUCGCUGUCUUCUCGUGUUAGUGCAGUUCUGAAUGGUCAUGGGGAAACAUGUUUGCAUGCUUAUAUUAACAUGAAUGAUGUCAACUUGAUGCAAUGAAAAAUUAUAUAAGUGAUGCUUUAAGCAAAAAUCUGACAAUGAACUUGAUACUAAUACUACUAACGACGACUACAUGGAGACCUAGCAAUUGUUUAUCUCUAUGGUCAAAAACAACGAUGAUGAAAUAACAUUGUUUAUGCUGUAUUUAUCUUUCUUGAAUCGGUAUUCUUUUCAAUUGCUUUUUUAUAUAUAAUUUAUUCAAGAGGUUUACUUUUUUAUUGGUUAAAGCUGAGAAUUUGUGUGAGGGGUUCAGUCAGGACAGCAGGAUAUCGGUGAAUGUGUAAGUAACAGUGUGGCUGAAGCAGUGAUAAAGGAAAUAAAGGAUAUGUAUCAUCCA